AUGGACUGUGGACACUUAGCAGACAGCAGUGAGGAGAUCUCCAGCUCGGGUGCAGAGCAUGAUUCCCUGCUGCCUUCUGCUGCCAGUGGCAAUUCGUGCCCACCCCUGGUGUCUGGGCAGCGGCCAGGGGCCCCUCCAGGCCGACCUGCCGCCGCUAACGCCGCUCGCGAGCGCAGUCGGGUUCAGACCCUGCGCCAUGCCUUCCUUGAGCUGCAGAGGACUCUCCCAUCUGUGCCGCCUGACACCAAGCUCUCCAAGCUGGACGUGCUCCUCCUGGCCACCACCUACAUCGCACAUCUCACUCGCAGCCUUCAGGAUGAGGAAGAGUCACCAGCAGAGGGCUUGGGCACCCUGCGAGGGGAUGGAUACCUCCACCCUGUCAAGAAGUGGCCAAUGCGUUCCAGGUUGUACAUUGGAGCCACAGGACAGUUUCUGACUCACUCAGCGCACGGAGACAGUGCAAACCAAGGGGAAACAUCAACCACUUCACAAAUUUAA